AUGCACAACCGGAAUCCAGUUUGUUGUUUGUUUGGCACAAGCCCAUUGCCAAACAAACAAUUGUUUGGCAACGGCUUUCACACUUGUCCAAACACAACCCUCUCUCCUCCCACCACCACCAACGUCCCCGCUCCUCGUAAAUGCACGCCCACUACCCACCCACACCACGUCACCACGGUCACCUGUGGCCACCACUGCCCACAAACAUCGUCGACCGCCAACAACAACCAUGUCAACAACAAUGCGGCAACACCACGUCAGCAAGCAAAUGAGCCCCGGCAAGGUCAAGGCGAUGAAAACAGACCGCAACGGACAACCACAUCAACACACGACCACCAUGACCAUGCCCACGGACCACAACACGCCCCACAACGUCAAUGGACGGCCACGUCAACAGACGCCAACACCAACAACGACACGAACACACCAAUGGACACCCACAUCAACAGACCACCACCAUGUCAACGGAUGACGACCACGCCAGCAGACGCCCAUGUCAACGGACGACGACCAUGCCAAUGGACGCCCACGUCAAUGCAUGACGACGUGUCCCUGCCAAUGGGAAACCAAGGUGCCACGUCGCUGUCAGCGACAUGGCAACCAAACGACGAACGACAACAUCAUCAUCGUCGUUCGUCGUUCACACAAAGGUGA